AUGCUUGAUGACGAAAAGGGGAACAAGCUUGCUCCAGUGAGCGCCGGAAGCAGGGGCGGGGCGGGGCGGGGCGGGGCGGGGCGGGGAUCGCACGUAAUAAGUGCCAGUAUAUUUUGCUGCCUCAUUCCUGGUGGGAUCAUGGUCUACUGCUACGUCUCUCUCCUCUGCUCAAUAAAAACUGCAACCAAGCGUGUCCAGAGCGCCAGCGUGCUGAAGAAAGCCGCUUCCAGAGAGAAAUCUUUGACCGCGGUGGUGGUGGCCCUGUGUCUUGGCUACUGGCUGGCCUGGUUGCCCUACACGUGCGUAUCUCUGAUCACUGCCUUCGGCGGGAAGUCGUCCCUGGAUCCAAAAGCAACCGUAAUCCCGGUGAUCAUGGCCAAGUCGUCCUUCGCCGUCAAUCCCAUGCUCUACGCUCUCAUCAGGCUGCCGAUCACGUCAGUUCCCGUGCCCUAUCUUCUUUUACAUUUUCCCGAAACCGCGGAUUCACCAGGCAGGCUGGGUAUGAUCUUCCGGAAGACCAUGCACAUCGUGGUCAUUGUCUUCUUGGAACUCGACCAUGCAUAG